AGGCCCUGGCCGGAAAGGCGGAAGGCCAGGAGCCUGUCUUGGCUCGGUCAUCCCUGGACAUUGCCCGAGCUCCUGCCGUGUGCCGGGGAGUGUGUCAGAUGUGUGUGUGUACGGAGAGGCAUGGCGCCGCGCGCAGCUUGAUGACGACACUUCGGCGCCUGGCGGCUGAAUGGCGGCUCCCAGUCCUGAAGCUGCCGCAGUGGUUUUCUAGGGUGACUGUUCCUGACCCUCCACGGGAGGCGGCUAUGGCAUUCCCUCACCUGCAGCAGCCCAGCUUCCUGCUGGCUAGCUUGAAAGCUGACUCCUUAAAUAAGCCCUUUGCCCAGCGGUGCCAAGACCUGGUUAAAGUCAUUGAGGAUUUUCCAGCAAAGGAGCUGCACACCAUCUUCCCGUGGCUAGUGGAGAGCAUCUUCGGCAGCCUGGAUGGCAUCCUCGCCGGCUGGAACCUGCGCUGCCUGCAGGGCCGGGUGAACCCCGUAGAGUACAGCAUUGCCAUGGAGUUCCUAGAUCCUGGUGGCCCAAUGAUGAAAUUGGUUUAUAAACUUCAAGCUGAAGACUACAAGUUUGACUUUCCCGUCUCCUAUCUGCCUGGUCCUGUGAAAGCAGCCAUCCAGGAGCACGUCCUUCCUGACAGCCCCCUGUACCACAACAAGGUCCAAUUUCCAGCCUCCGGAGGCCUUGGUUUGAACCUGGCCCUCAAUCCCUUCGAGUAUUACAUGUUCUUCUUCGCCCUGGGUCUCAUCACUCAGAAGCCGCUGCCCGUGUCCCUGCAUGUCCGUACUUCCGACUGCGCCUAUUUCAUCCUGGUGGACAGAUACCUGUCCUGGUUUCUGCCCACCGAAGGCAGUGUGCCUCCACCACUGACCUCCAGCCCAGGGGGCGCCAGCCCCUCGCCGGCCCCCAGGACGCCAGCUGUGCCUUUUGCCUCCUAUGGCCUGCACCACACCAGCCUCCUGAAGCGACACAUCUCUCAUCAGACGUCUGUGAACGCAGACCCCGCCUCCCACGAAAUCUGGAGGUCAGAAACUCUGCUCCAGGUCUUCGUGGAAAUGUGGCUCCACCAUUACUCCUUGGACAUGUAUCAGAAGAUGCAGUCGCCUCAUGCCAAGCUGGAGGUUCUGCAUUACCGCCUCAGUGUCUCCAGCGCCCUCCACAGCCCUGCCCAGCCCAGCCUCCAGGCCCUCCACGCCUACCAAGAGUCGUUCACGCCCACGGAGGAGCACGUGCUGGUGGUGCGCCUGCUGCUAAAGCACCUGCACGCCUUUGCCAGCAGCCUGAAGCCUGAACAGACGUCGCCCUCUGCCCACUCGCACGCCCCCAGCCCCCUGGAGGAGUUCAAGCGGGCAGCCGUCCCGAGAUUUGUCCAGCAGAAACUCUACCUCUUCCUGCAGCACUGCUUUGGCCACUGGCCCCUGGACGCCUCCUUCCGAGCCGUGCUGGAGAUGUGGCUGAGCUACCUGCAGCCGUGGAGGUACGCGCCCGAAAAGCAGGCUCCAAGCAGCGACUCCCAGCCCCGCAGCGUGUCAGAGAAAUGGGCACCCUUUGUACAGGAGAACCUGCUGCUGUACACCAAGCUAUUUGUGGGCUUCCUGAACCGCGCCCUCCGCACAGACCUGGUCAGCCCCAAGAACGCGCUCAUGGUGUUCAGAGUGGCCAAAGUCUUCGCCCAGCCAAACCUGGCGGAAAUGAUCCAGAAAGGCGAGCAGCUAUUCCUGGAGCCGGAGCUCGUCAUCCCCCAUCGCCAGCACCGACUCUUCUCAGCUCCCACCUUCACGGGCAGCUUCCUGUCACCAUGGCCACCAGCUGUCACCGACGCCUCCUUCAAGGUGAAGAGCCACGUCUACAGCCUGGAGGGCCAGGACUGCAAGUACACCCCGAUGUUCGGGCCUGAGGUCCGGACUCUGGUCUUGCGCCUUGCUCAGCUUAUCACGCAGGCCAAGCAGACGGCCAAGUCCAUCUCUGACCAGUGCGUGGAGAGCUCAGGUAGCCGCUCCUUCUUGUCGUGGCUCGGCUUCUACCCAGCAGACACAAAUGGCUGCUACCCAGCCAACGACCCGGAUGAGACGGGGCAGGACAGCGUUCGCAAGACGGACGAGUACCUUGAGAAGGCCCUGGACUACUUGCGUCAGAUAUUUCGGCUCAGUGAGGCCCAGCUGGCCCAGCUCACGUUAGCCCUGGGCACCACGCAGGAUGAGAACGGGAAGAAGCAGCUCCCGGACUGUAUAGUUGGAGAGAACGGACUCAUCCUCACACCCUUGGGCCGCUACCAGAUCAUCAACGGACUGCGGAGGUUUGAGAUCGAGUACCAGGGCGACUCAGAGCUGCAGCCCAUCCGGAGCUACGAGAUCGCAGGCCUGGUCCGCGCGCUCUUCCGCCUGUCGUCCACCAUCAACCAGAGGUUUGCAGGUCAGAUGGCAGCGCUUUGUUCCCGGGAUGACUUCCUUGGCAGCUUCUGCCGCUACCACCUCACAGAGCCUGCGCAGGCGGACAGGCACCUGCUGAGUCCUGUGGGGCUGAGGCAGGCAGCCAGCCAGGUCCGUGGCCCGAGGCUGAGUCUGCGCUUCCUGGGCAGCUGGCGGACACUACUCACUCUCCUGCUGGUCUAUCUAGUGGCCUUGCUGUUCUCCAUCGGGCCCCUGCCCUGCACCCUGAUCCUCAUCCUGGGCUACCUCUUCUACGCAGUGGCCAUGACGCUGCUGACUGAGCGGGGCAAGCUGCACCAGCCCUGAUGGCCAUGGUCACUUUCCAGCCAGAGCCGGGGUACCCUUGGCCAUGUAAGGGCUGUGGUCCUACCAGGGGACAGAACACAGAAGAGAGAGUGCCCCCCAGCGGCCCUCCCCCGGGACUGCAGUGGCACGAGCUCUUGGGGGCCUUGUUUUUAGUGAGCACUUUAGGCCGAGUGUGAAGCUUGGGGUCCGUUGUGCCCAUCUCUGAGGUGACCCAGCAGGCUACGCUGGUUUUCUCCUCGUGAGAAAGCAAGACAAGCU